AUGCUGCGCAAGUGCUGCAGGUCAAUACGUGGCACCGAUGGUAAUUUUCAAGAGGAAAAGUAUGGCGCCAGAGCUGGCAGAUGGAGCUCCCCCAGGAUCAUGGUCGAAAUAUCGGAUACUGGUUACACUAACGCCGAUUUGUUUGUUACUUGGUUACAACAUUUCAUUGCUGCAGUUACACCUUCAAAAGAGGAUAGAGUGCUUUUGGUUUUAGAUGGACACACCACACAGUCGAGAGAUUUAGCAGCCAUUGAGAUGGCCCGCGAGAAUGGGGUUAUUAUUUUACAGCUGCCAGGUCAUACCACCCACCGUUUACAACCACUUGAUGUGGCAGUAUUUAAGCCAUUCCAGGUCUAUUAUGACCAAUCGGUUGAAAAAUGGUUGAGAGAACAUCCCGGGAGGACAAUCGGUCAAUUUCAAGGGGCCCGAUUAAUCGGAGAAGGAUAUGGAAAAGCAGCAUGUGUCGCAAAUGCCAUAAGUGGAUUUAAAAAAUGUGGUAUAUGGCCUGUGGAUAGAAACGUUUUCACAGAUGUUGAUUUUGAAGGCGGAGAAAACAAAAAGCACUAG